GACCAGGUCGCCUGCACUCAAAAUAAAUUCGAUGGUGUUCUGUCGGAUAUCCGGACAGCGCAUAAGCUGCUCGAUAGGACUAUCACAAUCGCUUCCCUGGUCACGUUGGUAUCUCCUGUAUCGGCCAACAUCUAUUGUCCGGCGUUUAAUCCACUGGCUCAGGACCUCCAUGUUACGCCUUUUAAGAUAACCUUGACCAUCACAGUAUUCAUGAUCAUACAAGGCAUAGGUUCCCUGAUGGUCGCUGGCCUCUCCGAUGUGUAUGGUCGUCGGCCAAUAUUGUUACUCGCUCUCCUUCUAUAUUUGGGUGUCAACAUUGGGUUGGCCCAACAAACAAGCUACCCCGUUCUGAUGGCCCUCCGGUGCCUGCAGAGCUUUGGGAGCAGCACAGCCACAGUCGUUUGCUCCUCGGUGGCUGCCGAUCUGGUACCCAGAUCUGAACGCGGACGAUAUAUGAUUUAUUCAUCGCUAGGCGUGACACUAGGCCCCGCUAUUGGUCCGAUUAUGGGUGGUGUGUUAACGCAAUAUCUCGACUGGCGCAGCACUUUUUGGUUCCUUGCCAUCUGGGCAGGCAUAAUGGCCACUAUGUUGAUUGUCUUUGUACCAAAGACCUGCCGGGCAGAGGUUGGCAAUGGCUCUAUCCCACCGGCCAGGUGGAAUAGGUCGCUCGUUCAAUGCCUGCAUCCUGAAGACCACGUUAGUGACUCGGCAUCUGAAGAUCAGAAAGAGGAACGACCAGCUCGAUUAAAACGACCAACCCCUCUAGACGCUCUCGGGGUAGCCGCCCAAAAAGAAACAGGUGCAAUCAUUACAUUCACGACCGUACUGUUUGGUGGAUAUUUUGCCGUACUCAGCAGUCUUCCAUCCCAGCUUCAGCAUAAGUACUACUUUAAUGCCUUACAAGUCGGGCUAUGCUACAUCCCCUACGGGGCAGGGUCUCUUACAUCGCGUUGGACACUCGGAAAACUCAUCGACUGGAAUUUUCGACGCCAUGCUAAUAAUCAUGGAAUAGAAAUCGUUCACAAUCGGCAAGUACAACUGAUAUUCAUGCCAGUGGAAAGGGCACGACUGCAAAUCACACUUCCAGCGAUAUACUGCGCUUCAAUAGUAAUGGUCGGCUACGGCUGGACAAUGAGUAACAAAGUCGAUCUUGCUGGGCCACUCGUUAUGCUAUUUUUAUCUCACAUUUGGUCUCUGGAGCGACAAGCACGCUCAUCACACUGA